GUAUAUCUUUUCCUCAUGUUGAUCUCCAGUAAGCAGUUGCCGAUCGGCCGCUCCCAGAGCUGGGACACGCUGGGUGGGAAUGAGGGUCAUUGGGAGCGCAGUGACAGUGUUUACGAGCAGCAGGCCCGGAUGGCCGGUCGACGCAACUCGCUGAGCUAUGGAGCGGAUGCGGGAGGGGGAUGGUAUGAGCCACCGCCUGGAGUGCGUCCCCCUGACCUGGAUUUGAAACGGGAGCAAGAAUCCUACCAGGAAUCUUUUUACACUCAGGGAUAUUUGGAUCGUCCGGACCCCCGAAACAUAAGAAAGAGCUCAGUUCCUGAGUUGAACAGCCAUUACGACCGGCCGCCCAUGGCUCACCGUGGUUCUCUGCCACCCCACGACUACUAUCAGCAAGACUCAGGCAUGCCACCACGGCCAACCGAGGGUUUUUAUCGUGGAGAGCAACCUCAUUCUCUUAAUAGGUCGUCAUCACAUUAUGGAAUGAUGGCUGGUCCCCGGCAAUUGUGGGAACAGAGCUCAGUAGGUCGACCUGGUUCUGCUGUCCCGACACCUGGCUUACCUCCUCCCCCACCUCCAACUGCUCAUGACAUGGGUCGUAUUUACAGAGAACCAUCCCUGCCUGGACCCACACCUGCUACUCCUGGCACCAAAAUGAUGCAGGAUGGACAGCGCAUUCCAAGCCGUGCUCCGUCUCCAGCUCGUUAUAUAAUGGAGCCAAAUUCUCCCCGUUACGGUGCUGAGCCACCUGCCUCUUUAACUAGCCAUUCAGUCUACAGUGACGUUAGCGGAAGGCCGAUUGAUCCUCAUCAGCCGACCGCCACCUGCCUGGUGGUUGAACCAGUUGCUCAAGGAAUGGAUGGAACUGCCCGAGGUAUAAGGCCGCAAAUCAUGAACGGUCCGAUGCAUCCUCGGCCUCUGGUCGCUCUGCUGGACGGGAGGGACUGUACCGUAGAGAUGCCCAUCCUGAAGGAUUUGGCCACUGUGGCGUUCUGUGACGCUCAGUCAACACAGGAAAUACAUGAGAAGGUGUUGAACGAGGCGGUGGGGGCGAUGAUGUACCACACCAUCACUCUGACCAGAGAAGAUCUGGAGAAAUUUAAAGCCCUCCGAAUCAUAAUCCGCAUCGGCAGUGGAUACGACAAUAUCGACAUUAAAGCGGCCGGAGAGAUGGGUAUUGCAGUGUGUAAUAUUCCAUCAGCCGCAGUGGAGGAGACGGCAGAUUCGACGCUUUGCCACAUCCUGAACCUGUACCGGAGGAACACCUGGCUGUACCAGGCCAUGCGUGAGGGCACACGGGUCCAGAGCGUGGAGCAGAUCAGAGAGGUGGCCUCGGGGGCCGCCCGCAUCAGAGGAGAAACUCUCGGACUUAUUGGCUUUGGCCGAUCGGGACAGGCCGUGGCUGUUCGAGCAAAAGCGUUCGGCUUCAAUGUGAUCUUUUAUGACCCGUACCUGCAAGACGGUUUAGAGCGAUCGCUGGGCGUCCAGAGAGUUUACACCUUACAGGACCUCCUGUACCAGAGCGACUGCGUGUCUCUCCACUGCAACCUAAACGAACACAAUCACCACCUCAUCAACGACUUCACCAUCAAACAGAUGCGACAGGGAGCAUUUCUAGUCAACACAGCGCGAGGAGGUCUGGUGGAUGAAAAAGCCCUGGCCCAGGCUCUCAAAGAGGGCAGGAUACGGGGGGCCGCUCUGGACGUUCACGAGUCUGAACCCUUCAGUUUUUCUCAGGGUCCUCUGAAGGACGCGCCCAAUCUGAUCUGCACCCCUCACACGGCGUGGUACAGUGAGCAGGCCUCACUAGAGAUGAGAGAGGCAGCGGCCACUGAGAUCCGCAGGGCCAUCACCGGUCGUAUUCCAGACAGUCUCAGAAACUGCGUAAACAAAGAGUUUUUUGUGACCACGGCGCCGUGGGGGGUGAUGGAGCAGCAGGUACAUCCGGAGCUCAACGGCGGAGCCUACAGGUUUCCUCCUGGUGCGGUGGGCGUGUCUCCUGGUGGCAUGGGUGGACAGAUGGAGGGCAUGAUGCCUGGCGGGGUGCCCGGGGCCCACCCCCUGCCGCCGGGCGCCCAGCCCAGCCUCGCCCCGUCCCCCACCCAGCUCCUCAAACACAACGACCAUAGAGAACACCUCGCCAAGUCAUAACCACCUGACCGCUGACCGACAGCCAUUCAGCAAAACUGCAAAUCAAAGAGACUAAGAGACAGUGAAAGGGUGAACAAGCAAUCAGCUGCCGUUAGCUGCACCGGAGACAUGCUUCACGGACAUCUCUCCUCCGUCUGUUUUUUUUUUUCAGUUUCAGUGUUUUUCCAUGCAUUUCCGUUUCAUCCCAGGUUGUUUCUGUUGUUCGUGUGAGGCGAGGACAUCAUUUCCACCCGUUUUUUUGAAACGGGCGGGCGGUGCUUUCUUCGUAGGGGGGCGUGGCGUGUCUCAAAGGCCGCACCCCUUUCCUCGUGCACCAGUUCGAAACGUUCACGUUUAUCAGACGCCACGCACUCGUCUUCUUCCUCUUCGCCUUAUUUGGGCCCCUAAACGAAAAAACUCAUAACGGUUUAUUUCUUCACACCCACGGAAUUAGUGCUCGUCUUUGUUUGAAUGUGCUUGAUAAUGAAAAAAUAUAUAUACAGUGUAUCUAUUAAGAGAACAGAGAGGUAAAAGGCUGUUUUUGGGCAAAAAUUAUUAAGAUUAAUUAUUAGCUUCUUUUUUUUUUUCUCCGACGUUUUGCAUAGCUGACCUCUUGUUUACAGAAUUGCACAAAUUCAAGAAGCACCAGCUCAGAAACAAGUCCUCUUUAAGACCCGAGAGCACACUAUUUUGCUGAGAUAUCCAUUCGUUUCGGUUGAAAAUGAGUUCGCGGGGUUUAGAAUGCAGACUGCGUCGGGUUGUACAAGAUGUCGGUUUAACAAAAUUUGGAUUUGAGUGAACGUCACCGCGAGGGACAUCAUUUUGAUUUUUGUGUUCGCUUUCAAGAAAAAAAAGAAGAAAAAAAAGAUGGCAGCUCACACAGAAAAAAAAAAGGGACUGGAGUGAAAAACCGCCCCUGUCUCAGGAAGAACAUUUACCGGUUGCUCCAAAAUACACGACAGCCCCGUCUAAAUACUCGCUCCUUCCCGUCAGCCAACCCGAGGUAUUUUUAUAGAUCUGACAUCCAGUGCGUUUUUGGUGUUGAAUGUAUGGCAGUUAAAUUAGAUUUGUAUCGUCUAGUUUAAUGUUUUUGUAACCAUACUUUCCUGUGAUCCUCUCCCUGUUCCUUUUUCAUUUUGGGUUCUUUAUGUGGAAGCGCACUGUUCGGAGCUCAUUGUGUUGUUUAUAUGCAAUAUUCUGAGGUCCUCGGCCAACUCCAGUCACGUUGGUUCUGGAACUGUAGGUUUGGUUUUUAGUGUGAGUAUUUGUAUUCGUUUAUUGUACCGAGGUGAACAUUUAGCAUACAGUACAGUUCAAAUAAAAAAAAUACCAUUCUGACUUUC